AGCCUUUACUCUUCACAAAUAUGGCGUCGAUCAUUCUUGCAUCGCUCAACACAGUGGGCCUCAUUUUUGGAGGAUGUUGCUCGAAUGUCUUCUAAUCACGCUCUCUCAAUUCAUCUUUACCGCGCUGGCAGCAUCAUUUUCUCAGCUUACACCCACCUUGACGCUGAGAUCUCCUGAAGUCCCCAUGCGCAAGUGGGCCUACAUCGCACUCAUGUUCUUUGCCGUUAACAUGCUCAACAACUGGGCCUUCGCUUUCAACAUUUCCGUUCCGGUGCAUAUCAUCCUACGCUCUUUUGGUUCGGUGACGACGAUGUUGGCGGGUGCGUUGCAAGGCAAACGAUACUCCUGGUUGCAAGUGAGCAGUGUGGUCAUCCUGACUGUGGGAGUACUGGUUUCUGCAUUUGCAGAUGCUGAUAGCAAGGUUUACCUUAGCUCUGGCCUGCUGAUUCUUCUCGCCGCACAAAUCCUCUCCGCCUACAUGGGCGUUUACGUUCAGGACACCUACGCCACCCACGGCUCCCACUGGCGCGAAAACCUCUUCUACAGCCACUUUCUCUCGUUACCUCUGUUUCUUCCUCUGGCCAACACACUCCAUCGCCAAUACAUUGCUCUCUCCAGUACUGCNCCCCUCGCCAUCCCCAACAGUCUCCCCGUCCUUCAAGCCGCAAACCUGCCCAGCGGAAUCAUCUACCUGCUUCUCAACUCCCUAACGCAACUAGCUUGCAUCACAGGCGUAAACCUGCUUUCCGCACAGGCAUCUGCAGUUACAGUUACUAUAGUGUUGAACGUAAGGAAAUUGGUUAGUUUUGUGGCUAGUACUGUGUUGUUUGGACAUAGUUUGAGUGGGAUGAUGUGUGUGGGUGCGGGGUUAGUGUUUGGGGCUGGUGCAUUGUAUGGCUGGGAAACUAGUUAUAGGAUUCCGAUGAUGAGGGAGGAAGGGAGAGGGAAAGAAGGGUGGGAAGAAGGG